AUGAACCACUUCCCUGAAGCCUGGGGCCGCCCCCGAAACGACGUCUACGGAGCCUACGACCACUCAUAUCUGCAGACCACAGGUCCCAAGGCUCAUACCUCAUCGCCCGCAGUGACCGGAACGUCCGUGGUGGGAGUCAAAUUUAAUGGCGGAGUUGCUAUCGCUACCGAUAACCUGGCUUCAUACGGAUCCCUGGCCCGAUUCUCCGACGUGAAGCGUCUGCGUACUUUCGGCGAUAAAGCAAUUGUUGGUUUUGGCGGUGACGUUUCCGACAUGCAAUAUCUCGACCGUCUACUCGCAUCCAUGGAUAUCAACGAGAACUACUCGCCCCGCGGCAACAUGCUCAACGCCAAGAACCUGCACACCUACCUUGCAAAGGUCUUCUACAAACGACGCUCCGAGUUCAACCCGCUGUGGAACCACGUUCUCGUUGCAGGCUUCGACGGGGAGGGGGAGCCGUUCCUGAGCUCGGCGGAUUUGCUGGGAACGACAUUCUCGGCUCCUCACUUGGCUACGGGCUUUGGUGCUCAUCUGGCGGUCCCGAUCCUGCGUCGCAAGUUCCCCGAGGGUAUGCCCCUUGAAGAGAUCAGCCAGGAAGAUGCCGUUCAGGCCUUGAAGGAUUGCUUGAAGGUUCUGUUUUACCGCGAUGCACGGAGUAUCGAUAAGUACUCGAUAGCCGUGGUCACCAAGGAUGGCAUUGAUCUGAAGGAGGAUGAGCAGAUUCAGGGUCAGAGCUGGGCCUUUGCCGAGAGGAUCAAGGGGUACGGUGCCCAGACUGUUUAG